AUGGGAACCGGGCUUGGCGUCGUCGGUCUACAGUUUUCCGGGCAGCUUUCGCUUGAAAAAGUCCAGCAAGCAGCGAAGGAGCUUGGGUCGAGAUUUCCGCUCCUGCUUGCCCGAGUUGUCGGGCAGGGUAAAACUGGCGGUCCGCUUGAACUCCACUUGUGCCGUGACGCGAAACCAAUCACUGUAGUGUCCCGGAGCAUUGAUGACGUGGCAGCGUGGGAGGCUGCUGCGCCAUUGGACAACGACCCCAGCAGCCUCGAGAACGGGGAAGAGUCUGACGUGCCGAAGAAAGACCAAGAGAGUGACGCGUAUGGUGAUGCUUGUGGUGAGGGUGAGAAGUCCACGUCAGCAAUGGAAGCAGAAUUCAAGAAGUUAUCUGCAGCAGACGUUGCGGUCGAGAGGGGAGUGGAGGAGGAGGAAGAGGAGGAUGAGUUUGAGGAUGCAGAGGAUGGGGAUGGGGAUGGUGAUGGUGAUGAUGAUGAUGGUGGUGGUGAUGGUGAUGGGAAAAGUGAUGGUGAUGGUGGUAAUGGGGGCGGUGAAUUCCAAGAAGCUAGUGCAACAGAAGGUAGUGGUGGAAUCAAGGUGACCGGUAGAUUCAAGGGCGCGGACAAAGCGGAGGAUCUGCACAGAAUAGUGGAGAUGGAGUUGAAUCAGCCAAUCACAGGAGCGCAUGGGGAAGCACCCGCUGACGCCUUGCAGAUCCACAUGUACCAUCUCCCACGCGCCACCUGUAUCGCUCUGCGCUGCCAUCGCGCCGUGCUGGACCGCCCAGCUGUUCGCCAGCUGGCAACAGCUCUCGUUUCCGCCCUGCACCACUCUCAACCUUCAGUCACCGCUAAUCCCGCAAGGGAAUCAGAAGCCGUUCCCCUCCCGCCGCCCCUCUCCUCGCUUAUCCCCAAGCCCACUGAAACCCGCUCCUAUCUCUCUAAGGGCCUCUCUCAGGCCUACGACGCUCUGGCCUAUGUGCGCAACUCCAUGGCCUCCUCCCACGCGCCCUUCCAGCCUGGCCGGGCAGACAGCAGGAAGAACGAAUUCCGCUCCUCCUUUUCCUGCUUGCACUUGGACAAGCAAGAGACUGAAAGCCUCCUUGCUGCCCUCGCCUCGCGCUCCUGCUCCCUCUUCAGCCUUGAGUGUGCUGCAGCACUCAAAGCCGUGGCGGACGCCAAGCAGCUGGGCAGCCGCACAGAAACGUUCAACGUCACCAGCAUCAUGAACUGCAGGCCGCUACUGGACCCACCCCUGCCACCCGACGCCAUGGGGGUGUUCACCUCGGGAUUGCCGCUGAAACAGCCAGCCAAUCAGGACCUGGAGCUCUGGGACGUGGCUCGCACUGUAGAUGCUGACCUGGCAACUGCCGUCGGGCAGAAGAAACAAUUUAUUGACAUGCCCGUGCUGGAACUGCUCUUUUCUACGGCCAUGAAAACCCCAACACUUUCCCCCGAGUGCUCCCUGCGCACCUCCUUUGUGUCCGCCAUCACCGAGUCGCCCUUCCCCAUGGACUGGCCGGCCAAUGAGGAGGAGGGACGUACGGAUGGGGUUAGUGGAGGUGGAGAUGAGGGUUUGGCACUUCACCUGGAGGGUGCCGAAGAAGAGGACCUCUCGGACAAAGACCAAGGGCAACCCCCGUCUGACCUCUUCCCCUCUUUUCCUCGAUUCACCAUGACGACUUCUCUGAGGAAGAACCGCAAAAAGCGCGGCCACGUCAGCGCAGGCCAUGGGCGUAUCGGCAAGCACAGAAAGCAUCCCGGCGGUCGCGGUAACGCCGGAGGCAUGCACCACCACAGGAUCAUGAUGGACAAGUACCAUCCGGGUUACUUCGGUAAAGUCGGUAUGCGUUACUUUCACAAGUCCAUGAACAAGUUCCACUGCCCACACAUCAACCUCAACGAGCUCUGGUCGCUCAUUCCCGCUGACGUUAAGGAGAAGGCCAGCGGCGCCGGAUCCGCUCCCGUGCUCGACGUGACCAAGUUCGGGUUCUUCAAGGUGCUCGGCGCCGGCGAGCUGCCAUCGCAGCCGUUGAUCGUGAAGGCGAAGCUGUUCAGCAAGCUGGCGGAGCGACGGAUCAAGGAGGCCGGCGGCGCGGUCCAAUUGACGGCGUAA